UCUGACACACACACACAUGUGUGUACACCGCCGGCAGUAUUAUCCAGACAUCAGUCCACUGAUGUUGUAUUAUCGUAUGUAGGCCUAGCGGAAAGGGAAGUUUUAUUGUGCAUUCAAAAUGGGAGGACGUGUUUCAAGAACCGAUUAUGAAUGGGUUUAUACUGAGGAGCCACAUGCAACACGAAGGAAAGAGAUUCUUGCCAAAUAUCCAGAAAUUAAGCAGUUAAUGGGAUGUGACCACAACUUGAAAUACAUCGUCGUUGCUAUGGUGUUGGCCCAGAUUAUAUUUGCUAUCAUGGUCGCAGAUGCUUCUUGGCCAGUUGUCAUAGUUCUGUGUUAUGUCCUUGGCGGCACAAUCAACCAUUCCAUGACUCUUGCUAUUCAUGAAAUAGCUCACAAUUUAGCUUUCGGCCAUUCCAGACCACUUGCAAACAGGAUACUUGGCAUGAUUGCAAAUCUACCUCUUGGAGUUCCCAUGUCAGUGUCUUUCAAGAAAUAUCAUCUUCAACAUCAUCGUUACCAAGGGGAUGAGAGAAGAGAUGUUGAUAUACCGACUGAAUUUGAAGGACGCUUUUUCUGCAACACUUUCUGUAAAUUAAUUUGGAUUAUAUUUCAACCAUUUUUUUAUACUAUUCGUCCUCUUUUAGUGCUACCCCAACCAGUUUUGACCUUGGAGGUCAUGAACUUUAUAUGCCAGGUAAUCUUUGACUGUGUGAUCUAUUACUAUUUAGGAGGCAAGGCAUUAACAUACUUGAUAGCUGGAACAUUCCUUUCAACAGGACUUCAUCCCCUCUCUGGACAUUUCAUAUCAGAACACUAUAUGUUCAUCAAGGGACAAGAGACCUAUUCAUAUUACGGACCACUUAAUUACCUAGUCUUUAAUGUUGGCUACCAUAAUGAGCACCACGACUUUCCUAGUAUUCCAGGAUCAAGACUCCCCGUAGUUAAAAAGAUAGCCCCAGAGUAUUAUGACAACCUGCCGUGCCAUCAUUCAUGGGUGAAGGUGAUCUAUGAUUUCAUCACUGAUUCAGAGAUCGGACCAUUCUCACGGGUCCGCAGGAAGGCCAAAGGUGAAGACACAGAUGAAAAACCAGAAUGAACAAAAUAAAUAAAAAAACAACAAGAAAUUGGAAUAGAAAUUGAACAAUUUUGAUAAGAGCUUGAAGAAAUAUGUGUAAUAGGGUUUUUAGCUCACCUGCCUGAAGGGCAAGUGAGCUUAUGCCGUGGUGCGUCGUCCGUCUGUCUGUCUGUCCGGAGUCAAUUUUUUCAUUUAAACAACUUCUCAAUAACCAAGAGGCCCAGGGACUUGAUAUUGGGCCUGUAGCCUCCUAGGCUGAAUAGCUACAAAAUGUGUUAAAAUGAAUGACCUUGACCUUCAUUCAGGGUCACAUGGACCAAAUAAGAUAAACUCUUCAACGAACUUCUUCUCAAUAACCAAGAAGCCCAGGGACUUGAUAUUGGACCUGUAGCAUGCUGGGGUGAAGGGCUACUGAGUUUGUUCAAAUAAAUGAUCUUGACCUUCAUUCAAGGUCACAAAGAUGA